AUGUGCAUAUUGCAUGCUGAACUCUGUUGGAGCUUGAAUGUGUUCUCUAGUCUUCGAGAAAGCAAUGCAAUCCAGCAAAAUUGCUUAAAGCCCAUCUUUUAUGUUCUUGAGUGCAAAGUGGAGUUUAAUUGGCUUGUGGCGAACUUUCUUCUGUACAGAAAUAUUCUGUGGACUGAAAUUUUUACAAUUGGAAUAACGGUUUUGUUUCAGGCUCACUUGUGUUAUGAUUUAGGCCACAUAGCCUCUUGUGUUGUCAAUGUGAACAACCAUUACGGUGAAGAUCAAGAUGAAGCAACCGUCAUGGGGUUUGAAGUGUCGAGAUCACCUGAUUCUAGUUAUAAUAAUGUGUACCCUGGGAACGAAGAUGACACGCGUGACCCGCCACUUGUCCCUCCACAGCUGCAUCGUACCUUGCUUAGGUGCCCUGCUAGCAUGAACGCAUCCGGGGAUCUUCCUUUCCCCGACAACGUGAUUCUAAAUCAUCUUUUCAUUGAAGACCGAGAGCCACCAAGAUCUGUAGUGGCACUUGGAUUCACUCAACGUUUUCGUUCGAAGUAUGUUACUCUUGUGCUAUACAAGCCGGUUCCAAGAAGAGGAAGUAGCAGUACUUAAGAUAUGAAUCGAGACCAGACUUUCGUGUCGGGUUGGCCGGUUUGCCCUUGUGACUGGAAUUAGUUGCAAUAGACUCUAAUACAAGUUAGCAGAAAGAAUAUUUAUUGGUU